GAAUCUUGUUUUGAAAGAUUAUAUUAUAUAUUUAGCGAUAUUAUAAAUUAGAUAUUAUCUAGUUUUUAAGCUUUAUUGCAGUUUUAAAUGAAAUCAAAAUAUUUGAGUGUAUAAUCUUGAAGUAUAGUGCUAACUGAAAGCCACGCAAUGGCAGGGCAAGGGCAUCAGUUUCCGGGCAAUUUCCAGGCCGGAGCUGGACCCAUGAGGUCUGGAUUUGGCGCAGGUCCUAUGGGCGGACAAAUGCAGGCCAUGCCUAAUCAAUUAGCAGGUGUAAUGGGUGGUCAAAUGGCAAAUCCCGGUAUGGUUGGCAUGGGUAACCAGAUGGUGCCACCGUAUGGUGCCACAAUGCAGAGUCAAAUGGCCACAAUCGGGAUGGGAGCUCAGGGUAUGGGUGUCGGUGUGAACCCCGGUCCAGGUGGGAUGGGUCCUCAGGGUAUGUCCAGUCAGCCACCAGUCUUGGCUGCUCAACAGGGAGGUAUGGGUGGAGGAGGGGCGGUGCCGCCGGCCGCCGUGGCCCCCGCCGCGCCCGCCGCACCGCCACAGAACAAGGAAUUCAACACGGCAUCCUUGUGCAAAUUCGGCCAAGAAACAGUUCAGGAUAUAGUCAGCAGAACACAAGAUGUCUUCCAAAACCUGAAAGCAAUGCAGCCACCCAACGGUACUCAACAUGGAGAAAACUCAAGUAAUGAUAAGAAGGCCAAAAUGCAAGAACAGUUACGGACUAUCAGACUCUUGUUUAAGAGAUUACGGCUGAUAUAUGAGAAGUGCAAUGAGACUUGUCAAGGCAUGGAAUACACGCACAUGGAGAGUUUAAUCCCAAUAAAGGAUGAGGCUGAAAACAAAGCGCUUGACGAGCGACGGAAUACAGAGUCCUACAAACUAGUUCUAGAAGAGAACAGGCAGUUGACAGAACAGGUGGUGUUAAAAAAUAAGCAGCUAAAAGAAGUGAUCACAAACCUAAGGACGAUUAUUUGGGAAAUUAACGUCAUGCUGACAAUGCGGAAAUCAUAAGUGGAGAAUAAAUAUUUAAUAAAUACAGCUGCCUUAAUCCCGACAGAAAAAAAUCGAAUCAGCUCGAUCUCAACAGCUUUUGCUAUUUCCGACAUAAUGUAUACUAGCGCAAAAUUCGUGCUGCGGCUCAAUUUGGAACUAAUUCGAUCUCAAUGGCUUCCCACUCU